GGUCAGAUAUCGUCUCGUGUUGAGCACAAGUGAAAGCAGUCACUCGAGGUUAUUGGAAUGCUUCUCAGGAUGUCACCAUAGAGCAUGAAGUACUUUAUCUAACGCAAUGUUCGGGCGACGGCUUUGGCACCCGGUUGCAAACUUCUUUGGCUUUACUCAAAAGUUUAGUGACUAUUUGCAAUUGCCGCCAUGCUUACCGUGAGGGCUGAGUAUGAUUGAUCGCUAUGAAUUGGUCUUGCAAGCCAUAGUGAAAAGUAUGGAUUGUGAUGACGGCGAGCACGAUAGAUGCUAAUGAAAGCCUCUGACGGACAUAAGGCGCAAUUGUCCGAAGUGACAAUAAUAGAUGAACAUGCUGGGUUCGAUCGCAAUAAGGCGAGCUCCGGCGAUUGCAAGAGCAUAUGCAAGGAAUACAGGUAUACAGCAUGGCCCCUCGAAGCUGAUAGCAAUACGGUAUUUCUCUUCACAUACAUCCGCACGUCAAGGAAACGUUCAAGCUUUGACAGGAUAUGCGUUUGCCGGAAAGCCACGAUAUGUAGAACAAACAGAAGAAGAGGAUGGAAAAGCGAAGGAUGUCGAUCCUAAACAACUCCCCCGACAAGGCUUUCCACUUGCAUCUUCGAUUGGGAAAUGGACUGAUGCGAUGUUACAAGGUGGAGAAUCGGGAGAAGAUGCAUUAGCGGUAACAAAGAUGAAAGAUGAAGGGGAUUGGUUUUUAGCAAUCGCUGAUGGUGUUGGAGGAUGGAGUGAAAAUGGUGUGGAUCCGGCUUUGUUCAGUCAAAGUUUAGUUUAUCAUGCAUCAGAAUAUGCAAAACGAUUUCACGCUUGUCCUGACCGAAUAGAGGCGGAAGAUUUGGAUCCAACGCAAGAAAGUUCACCUCCUUCAUCCCCACUGGAUACACCACCACCCUCUCCUUCUCCUUCAAGCGCAUCUGCUGCCGCUUCUAAGGCAGAACCUGGAACACCCCUCGACAUUCUACAAUACGCCUACCAAAGCACACAACAAGAAAAGGACGUUCCCGCAGGUAGUGCAACAGCCUGCUUUCUCACUUUUGACUCAACAAAGGGAAUUUUGAGAAGUGCAAAUUUGGGCGAUAGUGGAUUUUUGGUUCUUCGACCUGGUUCAAGUACUGUUGCAGUAGGAAAGGAUGAGAAAAAAGGUGCAGUGAACGAAGAAGGUGAUCGGAUAGGCUUACAUGUCAUUCAUCAUCAAUCCAAGCCACAGACACAUGGUUUCAAUACGCCCUUGCAAUUGAGCAAGCUACCGCCUGAAUAUCGAUUUGACGGAUCGAUUGAUUCGCAGCCGUCUAAUGCUGAUACCUUCAGCUGCAGAUUGAUGGAUGGCGAUAUCGUCUUGGCGGCAACAGAUGGAUUUUGGGAUAACGUUAGCACUUCAGAAGUCUUGCAAUUGGUUGCCUUUAUUCGUCAGAAACAUCGGGUUGCUUGGUUGGAUAGAAUGAGUGAUAUUUCGAUCGAUCAUGUUGCCGAAGAAAGGGAUUUGGCAAAUGUGCUAGCUCAUAAUCUUUUGCAGUACGCUCUAAUGUGUCAAUUCUCCACCACAAAGACUUCUCCGUUUGAACGUGAUGCAGCUCGUCAUGGGAUACACUAUCCUGGUGGAAAGGUUGAUGAUGUGGCAAUUUUGACUGCUCUGGUCGUCGAACGAUGAUAGAUGGACAUCAGACCUUGUGGAUUCGUAUCAUCAAUGUAUUUUUACAAUCAAU